CCCUCUGAUUUUGGUUGCUUUUUAUUAUCAUCAACAUCCGACUGUUGGAGGGAACAAACGAAGAAAAACUUCCCCAUAAGACCCCUAAUUCACCGCUCAAAAUCUUCUUCCUAAUCCUCCUCCCUAUCCAUUACACCAAACGAAAUUUAAUUUUAAGUUGUUAAUUAUUAUUAUUAUUAUUAUUAUUAUUUUGCUGUAAGUUAUCCAGCAUAUUUGGAAGUUUUUCAAGCUGUUGGGGAGGCCGUGAUUUCUUCAUGUACAAGGCCCCUUUGAGUACAUGAACGGGUGCUUAAGGUGGUUUUUGAGACAAUGGUGUUGUUGACCCAUCAAUUGCAGGGUCCAUAUGUAGCAUAUCCCUCUAGGUCCUUACCAUGGAGAAAAGGAUUGACAUUAAAGAGACAAGUAACCACUCUUUGUAUGGUUGGAAGGGUAGAGAGGGGUACAUCAUUAAAACACAAUAUUUGUUUGAGUGUAGAGACUCCUCGUACUCGUGGAGUGAAAGUAAGACAUUUUAAAGUUUUAGCCUUCAAAGGCAGUCCCAAGGAUGAAUCAGAAAGCAGAGCAAGUGGAUCAAAUAUUCCCAAGAAUUCUGCUAAACUUUCUUAUGUCCCAAAAGAGGGUGAAGAGACCACAAUCGAAUCUCCGAAGGCCCAUAAGGGGCCUGUUGCAUUUGCCUCUGAAGGAAAUGAGACAGUUGCUGGAUCUCUUGCUAUUCAAAAAUUAUUCCAGAAAUGGUUAAUAAUGUUGCGCUCACAACCGUCAAGUCUGGUAAUCGAAGGAGUUUUGGGAGAAGAAUUGCCACCUUCGAACACAUCAGAAACUUGUAUAGAGACCCAAAGCAAUCAAGGUGGGGUUCUGAAGGCAGUUUGGUGGUGGUUCUGGAGUUUGGAUUCAACAAUAAAAAUGCCGUUACUGAUAUUUAUUCCUAUGUACCUGGCAGUCAAUGUGAUUUAUGGAACUGCAGUUUCUAAGGAGCUGACUCCUUUGUGGGUAUUUGGGCCCCUGAUUGGUGCUUUAUACAUCACAGCAAUUAAAAUGCUGUGUGCUCUCUAUAUUUACGCCUUCAAGCGGACAGUUAAAACAUUUAGGUAUUUCGCACAUGGUAAGUUCAGGGAAGAUUUACAGGCUCGUUUCUGGCAGCCUGCAUUGGACAUAAAGAACAUGGACUACAAGGAGCUAUUGAAAAGAAAGUUGAAAGAAAUGCAGGAGUGGGUGAAGGAGACGUUUAUUGAUUAUCUUGAAGCAAUGUGGCCGAGGUAUUGCAAAACAAUCAGGUAUCUAAAGAGGGUUAAUUUCCUUUAGAUUUGCGUAUCUGAUAUGAGAAGGUCAUAGGUGUAAAGGGAAUGACUUUUAGGGUUUUCUCCGAGAAUGUUCCAAAAGCUGAAAAAAUUUUGAAGAGGGUAGGGAACAUCCCUUUUUGUACCGGGGUGAUCGAUUCUUGAAUAUCUUCAAGUUAAAACAGAUUGAAACAGAGUGCAUUUUCGAUUAGUAUUUAUGUCAUUUUUAUAACAAUUUAUUUCUCAUUGAAGGCUUUUUUAGUUUUUUUUCUUAUGGUUCCUGGGUACUGGGGUGGUUGUCUUCAGUUCUAAGUCAUAGCAGGCAAGUAUUGUUUGCCUGUGUACUAUGAGAUGUAUACUUUGAAUCAUUUGCCAUUAUUGGACAACUUUCAGCUGCAGUCCUUUCUCUCGUCUCUGUGUUAUCAUGUAAUUCAAGCUUUCUUCUGCUAUCAAGAGUCCGGAAUACCACUAGAUUUUAAAGAUAUCUUUUUCGGUUUAAGUUGUGGAGGAGUUUUUUGCUGGAAUGGAUUGAUGGCAGAGAAUUGGUAACUUGUAAAAAAGUAAUGUUUGUGAAAAUUUUUUCUAAUAAUAUUGAAUUUUGAAU